GCAAAGCCGGCUUGUGUUUCCUUAAACAACAGCAUCGACAACCGAAAAUCAAAAAAACAAACUGAAAAUGAUGGUCGGAGAGCGCCACCGUCUGAAUCCGACAGUCCACGUCCCGCCAUGGCCUCCACUUCAAGAUCCAACGUCUGAUGUCAUCUGUCUCCACUCCAAUGCAAGCAGCUUCUCUGAUGUCAACUGCCCGUACUAUCUACAGGAAGCCUUAGCUGCACUCCAACCUUUUCUGCCGACUAAGGAUCCGGAUUUGGAUUCGGAUACCGAUAUUUUAGGUCUGGAUGCUGACUCUCCCGUGGACGCUAACUCAUGCAAUCAUUUUCGCAUGUUUGAGUUCAAGGUGAGGAAGUGUGCACGUGGCAGGUCUCAUGACUGGACGGAAUGUCCGUAUGCUCAUCCAGGGGAGAAGGCACGACGGCGUGACCCGAGAAAGUAUCACUAUUCGGGUGCGGCGUGCCCCGAGUUUCGUAGGGGAAGCUGUAAGAAAGGUGACUCCUGUGAGUUCGCUCACGGUGUGUUCGAGUGCUGGCUUCAUCCGGCUCGUUACCGAACUCAGCCAUGCAAAGACGGACUGGGUUGUCGGAGGCGGGUUUGUUUCUUUGCCCAUACACCAGAGCAGCUUAGAAUUUUACCUCAGAUGAGCCCGGGAAGUAUUGAUACUUCUUCCUGUGCCCAGACGCUGUCGUUUUUGUCCUCUCCAGAGUCUAUUUCUCCUCCUAUGAGUCCAUCUCUGAGUCGGUCAGUAGGUUCGAGUUCAAUGAGUGAAUUGGUGCCGUCCCUCAAGAAUCUGCAGUUGGGAAAGGUGAAGUCUUUGCCAUCUUCAUGGAAUAUUCAUAUGGGCGGUUCUCCCAGGUACGGAUCUCCGCGCGGGUCCAUGAUCCGCCCAGACUGUUUUAGCCUCCCUUCAACGCCGACCCGACCCGGAAGGUGUUACUGGGAUCCGUCCGAAAAUUUGUGCGAGGACGAGCCUGUGCUGGAGAGGGUUGAGUCAGGGAGGGAUUUGCGUGCAAGGAUGUUUCAGAAAUUGUGCGAGGAAAAUUCUCUGGAACGGGUCGAUCCGUAUCCAUAUAAUGGGGCUCCUGAUGUUGAUUGGGUAUCCGACUUGGUGAAUGGUGCAAACUGAUCUGAUUUCUUUCCUGAAUCAUCAUUUCGGGUUUUAAGUCGGUAGGCUUUCGGGUUUCCUCUUAUGUGAAUAGUACCUGAAAAAGAAGAGGAAUAGAAAGGUGAAUAAUUUUGGAGGCAACAGAUUGAAGAUGGUGUAAAUAUUAUUAUAAAUUAUUAGAAGCUAUGGUUGAAGGUCUCAUUUUUGUAAAAUUUUCUGGAAAGCUCAGAAGACUAAUUUGAAGGGAAGAAAUUGCAUAGGUAAAGCACUUCGAUGAUCCGACGUCGUUUUCGGCUGUUAUUAUUAUUAUUAAUAUUAUUAUCAUCAAAUUCUCGCUGAUCUUAAUUAUUGUUCAAGUUAAAACUUGAGAAGCAUGUAUGGUGUUGUUCAUGUAAGCUCAAUUUCAAUUUGUAUGAAUGUAAUUUUAAAAAUAUUAUAUUUUUUCUUUA